AUGAAUGCUGCUCUGAUCAAUGCCCUAAAUUCAUUGGUGGAUAAAUGCAACAGCGCCCCUGCUGAUCAAAGUUACCGCAAGCUACGCAUGUUCUCUGGCAUAAAACCUACUCCCAGUGGGGAAGAAGAGUAUGAUGCAUGGGCAGAACAGACAAUGCACUUGCUGGAGGAGUGGCAAUGGAAUGACAGUGUAAAGAAACAGAGGAUAGUGGAAAGUCUAAAAGGUCCAGCUGCUGAUAUUGUGAGGUUUCUAAGAGCACAGGACCCUACGGCUAUUUCAUAUGACUACAUGCAAGCGUUGGUAACGGCUUUUGGGACCACUCACAGUCCAUCUGAUCUUCUUGUUAGGUUCAGACACACGUUCCAACGAGAAGGGGAAAAACUGUCUGCUUACUUGUUUAGGUUGGAUAAACUGCUACAUUGUGUGUUCAGGAAAGGAGGAGUGAGACUGUCGGAGAUGAACAAACUUCGCAUUGAGCAGGUUGUCAGAGGUUCAUUGCCCCAAGACAUGAUUGCCCUUCGCAUUCGCAUGACACACAAGCUGCGAGAGCCUCCAAAUUUCAAUGACUUGCUGGAAGAGGUCAGGGAGGAGGAGGAUAUGCUUCAAAGUAGGAAUGAUGUAAAGAGCACAGUUAUGUCCAAGACCGUCACAACUGCUUCCAAGCCUUCUCUUGAAGCUGCAGAAAAUGCUGAAUUGGAGAUACUGAAAAAAGACAUAAAUGUUAUGAAAGCUGAAAUGAUUAACAUGAGGGCUGCUACUGCUGCACCACAGACAGGCAGUCAAAGCCAACAACCUGAACUCCAUGUCAAGCCAAAGUACAGAGGUAACGAAGUCCCAUGCAGGUCUAACAGAGAUGGAGGAAUAUUCUGUUACAGAUGUGGGGAGGACGGACAUUACAGACGGGAAUGUGAAGGUGAAGAAAACCUCGAGAAAGUCAACAAGUGCCUCAUCAAACUGACAAAGAAGUCGGGAAGCUACCGCGGGAACCAGUAA